AUGUCGUAUCAGAGACCUGGGGUGAAUAUACCAAAUGGUUUUCAGAGAGAUCCGAUCCCCCCUCCGUAUGCUGAAACAGAUCCAUUAUCUUCCAAUUCACAAAUACCCUUACAGCCCCCUCCACAGGUACCACCACGAAUUCCUCCUAGACGAACUCAGGAUUCAGCUUUUGGAGAUUAUGUCUGGAAUAGAAACACCCCUCCGUUGCCUGCAAGGCCAAAUACGCAGGGAAUUGAAACGGUGGUCCCUAAUAACACAUCUCGGUCAACUACUAACACAAUGGAUGAAGUAACUAAUCAACUAAUGUCUGCUAAUAUCUCGGCAACAAACGUUUUCUCUUCGCCAAUCUCCACUGAUCCACCUUUGGCUGUUUUCUCAAAGGUAAAUCAUGAGGUGCCACUCCCUUCAGGGACUAACAAUUCCGGUAAACCAACUGAAACCAACAAGUUUUAUGGGAACAUCAUGCUUGGUGGUGGGACAAAUCCAAUCUGGACCCAUCCAUACUCAGUUUGGUAUUCUACUGAUUCAUACUAUGGUUUAGCUCUAAAUCAGGUUACCGCAGCCCAAAGAGUCUUUGAUACCACUAAGACUCCACCUCAAUUUUUCUUUGGUCCUACGGGUAUCAAAUCGCUAGUCUAUUCGUCAACUGAUUUCAAUUCUGCUGGAGACAUGUCGUUGGCAUUUUACAACAUCAAACACUUAUCAGUGGAUGUUCAGUUGAAAAAAUCUGACACUGAAUUUAUUGUCUUUCCUCUAGUUCAAGGUAUGGGAUUUGUUACUGCUAUUUACUAUAAUUUAAUCCCAAGAUUGUCUUCUGCUGUUGGUUUCAAAAGUAUCACUGGUGAUACUUCACCAAGAUCUGGCAUUAACAAGUACAAGAUAUUGCUCGAGAACAAUGUCACUUGGACAUUGUAUGUUACCAUUCCAUCUGGUCAAUCAUUAUCUUUAGCCUUAUCGAAUGGGAAUACUAUCGUUGGUAACAACUCUGUUAACGGAUGCGUUUUUCAAGUCGUUGCGGAUUCCAACCAAAACAUUGAUAAUGCCGCAGGCUGUUAUGCUAAUUCAUGUACUUUGGAAGGUUCUGUUGAUGGGACAAGUGGUAGCUACCAAUUAAAAUACGGUACACAAGGUAGUUCUAAUAGUGGUUAUCCUUUAGUUUACGCUUUGCCUCAUCAUUAUCAAAACUUCGAUUCCUCUAAGGGAACUAAAACUGUUAUUUCUAAAUUAGACACUACAACGAAGGGUCAAGCUCAAGGUUAUCUCACUAAUGAAUUGGCAAUGAAAGUAACCGUACCCUCAGCUUUGAAGUUCGAUCCAUUUACUACUAUUGCUAAUAAAUCUGGUCCUAAUUACUCUACGAAUGUCUUAAACGCUAUCAACGCUGCUGCCGCAAACGACGUCACUGGUGAUGUCGUGGCAGAAAGUAACCUCGACUCAAUGUACUUUUCCGGUAAAGCUUUGGCUAAAUAUGCGUGGAUUUUGUACGUAUGCCAAUAUAUCUUGAAGAAUUCGAGUUUAGUUUCCACAAUUUUACCCAAAUUAAAAUCUGCCUUGGGACGCUUCAUUUCUAACACACAGACUUUGCCCUUGAGAUAUGAUCAAACGUGGUAUGGUAUCAUCUCCUCUGGUGAUAGUUCCCAGGAUUUUGGUAAUUCAUACUACAAUGAUCACCACUUCCAUUACUCUUAUCAUGUAAUUGCUGCCGCUAUUGUUGCUAAAGUCGAUAAAGAUAUUGGUUCUGGCUCCUGGUACAAUGAUAACAAGAGUUGGGUUGAGAACUUAAUCAGAGACUACGCAAAUCCAUCUGAAACUGAUAAAUAUUUCCCUGUUUUUAGAUCCUUUGACUGGUUCAAUGGUCAUUCUUGGGCAAAAGGUCUAUUUGAAAGCGGUGACGGUAAAGAUCAAGAAUCUUCAUCGGAAGACGUAAACGCAGCUUAUGCAUUGAAACUAUGGGGUCUAGUCAGUGGCAACAGCAACUUGGAAAAUAUUGGUAACUUGAUGCUAGGUGUAUUGAAAACUUCCUUGAACAACUACUUCUUAUACCUUGACAACAACACCACUCAGCCAACGCAAUUUAUUCCAAAUAAAGUUAGUGGUAUCUUAUUUGAAAAUAAGAUAGAUCAUACUACAUACUUUGGUACCAAUUUGGAAUACAUCCAAAUGAUCCAUGCAAUUCCAAUAACUUCGGCUUCGUCUUUCACCAGAUCACCUGAAUUUGUGAAACAGGAAUGGGAUCAACUAUUAGCUCCAAUUGUCAAUAAUGUCACGGAUGGCUGGAGAGGUAUAUUAAUGCUAAAUGUUGCAUUAUAUGAUCCAGCUACAUCAUUCAACUUCUUUAACAGUAGUGCUUUCCAAAACGCAUACCUAGACGGCGGACAGAGCAAGACCUGGUCAUUGACAUAUUCUGGCGCUUUCAUUUGA